CCCACACUCGUUGACCUCUGCGCCUAGCGCUCGCACUUUAAGGUUGCGCGACGACGCACGCUCCCUCAGCCGAUCGCAUUCCGAGGCUGCAUGGCCUCGGACGACCUCACCGAAGGCAGGUGGGUGUCCAAGGCGUACCUCGACCCGGAGCACAACGAGUUCGACUCGCCCUUCUACAACUGGCUCGAGUCGCACGUCGCGCCCCGGGUCCAGUCGCCGCAGCUCCUGACCGACUACAGCACGUUCGGCUACGUGUGGGCGCCGUACGCGUGCAAGCCGCACCACCGCUCGUUCGACGAGUGGAUGGACACGCUCAAGCCCGAGCGCCUCGUCGUCUUUGGCGACUCGGUCAUGCGCGACCUGUUCUGCCUCAACUUCAAGCCGGGCGAGGACGUGUGCAAGUACGAGAUGUUCGGCGACUACGAGCACCUGGACAAGUACAUCGCGCACGAGCGCUCGGACGGCGGCAUCACGCACCUGCACUUCCACUGGCAGCCGCUCGCCAACGCCGACCACCUGCGCACGUUCCUCUCGUCGCUCGACUCGCCCGCGUCGCACGUCUUUUUCAACGUCGGCCUGUGGCUCACGCGCGAGGACCCGGACCCGGACAGCUACGCGGCGAGGAUGACGCCGCUCGUCGAGGCCCUCGUCGACGAGGCGCCGAGGGCAAAGAUUGUCGCGAGGACGAUGGCGGGUGCGGUGCAGUCGGUCGCGUGCUUCGACCUGUGGCGCAUCCAGAGGAGGAUCAUCGAGCCCGCCAACGCCGCCUACCUCAAGCUUCUGCGCAAGUACCCCUCGAUCCAGCCGGUCAACGUCUACCCGAUCUACAACGACCGGCCCGACGCGACGCAGGACGGGCGGCACUGGCAGCGGCUGCCCGGGCUCGCGCUCGAGCGGCCCGAGGAGGGCGCCGUCGGGUACGCCGUCACCGACUUGAUCUUUGAAGGGUGGCGCCUCCAGGAGGUGCAGGAGCGCGUCGACGUCCUGGCGUGAGACGGAGCUCGCGCUCGAUAGACGUGCACUUUAUGAUUGACAAC